AUGCACCCAGGUCUUAUGGCUGUCCCAGGCGGUGGAGCCAGUCCAGCACCAGGGGCCCCUGGCGCUGGUGGGGCAGGGGCUGCCGUCGGGGCUGACGUUCUAUCACAAAGGGGAGAGGCAGAUGAAGGCAGUGCGGAUCCCGAUCCAUACGCCGUGCCACUGAACGAGGAAGAAUCUUUUCCGCCGCAGGGUGAUAGCGGAUUCUCACAACCAACCAACGACGAUGGACCAUCAGGGGAAGGCUCGGAGUGGGCGACGUUCGAGGAGCCUGAUCACGGCUUCCAGGAACCUUUUGCAGAUGACAGCGCUUGGUCAGGCGAUGACGAGGGAUUCAGCAGCGACUUAGGUGGCAUAGCUGAUGGUGACGGAGAGGGGGGGCGUGGCUUAAUCGGUUCAAUCAUGGACAUUUUCUUCGAUAACGACUGA